AGGCCGUCUUGGCUUUUUCGGGCGCGGCGGCAGCCUGGGGCCGCGAUGGGGGCCUCGUGCGGGAGCCAGGAGCCGGCGGCGGAUCUGAGCCAUGCGAACAAGGAGAUCGGCGUGCGCAUUCGAGACCUGGAGUGCUGGAUCCUCAAGGCGGAGAGGGAUGCGAAGGCCUGGGCCAGGCGCGCGCACGUCGACCCUUCCGCGAAGGCGCGGGCCGUCAGGAUCCUGAAGCAGAAGCGCCAGUACGAGCAGUAUCGGGACAGGCUUCUGGGCAUGAGCUACAAUGUCCAGAACACGGACUUCCAGGUCGAGCAGGCCGAGGUGUCGGUGCUCGCCGCCCAGGCGCUGAAGCGGGGCAGCGAGCAGCUCCGCAACUGCAGGGAGAGACUGGGUCCCGUAGCUCAGCUGGAGAAUCUGGGCGACAGCAUCCAGGAUGUCAGCUCGGACCUCAGGGAGGCGCACGACUGCCUCGCGAGGGACAUGGGCAUGGGUUCCGCCGACGAAGACCUCGAGGCCGAGUGGCAGCAGCUGCAGGCCGAACUCGGCGUGUACGCGCCCGCCCAGCCCCAGGCCCAAGGAG